CUUAUAGCACGAGAGCAGCUAACUUCCCGUUCUGGAACGCCGUUACCAGGGACCCCCGUGACAGACCGUUCGUACUAACGCAAACGAUAUGGUCGACCUCCCGUCAAAUCUCCCACCAGCACUAAGUCAUUGGUUUGGUGCGCGAAGUCAACCCCCGCCCCAAACACCUUUUUGGAAUUCGCUCCUCUGGGCUUUUGUCGGCGCAUUUUGUGGUCUUUCAGUCUUGCAGGCUGUGUUUGGUCAUGCUUCAUAUUUCAUAGAUCGUGGCGUACCGCAACUAGUUGCUUCAUACGGAGCCUCCGCUGUGCUCAUCUACGGAGUACCUGAAGUACCAUUAGCACAACCACGGGCUGUUAUCGGUGGGCAUUUCAUAAGCGCGCUGGUUGGCCUCAUAAUCCUCACCAUCUUCCGAGCGGGCGGUCACGCCAAUGAGAACGACGACGGCAUCGAAAGCAGCCUCAGCUGGUUGGCUGCCUCAUUGGCGAGCUCUAUCGCCAUCGUUUGUAUGAUGGCAACCAAGACAACACACCCUCCUGCCGGGGCGACGGCACUGAUACCCAUUAUCGACCCAAAAGUUUAUAAACUGUCGUGGUACUUUCUCCCUGUCGUACUCCUCUCGUCCACCUUGAUGGUGUUUGUUGGGAUUAUGAUCAUGAACGUGCAAAAGCGUUAUCCGGUCUUUUGGUGGGAACCUACAAAGCCGCCUCAGCCAGCCAAGGAUGAAUCUUCUAAAGAAUCUGUCUAGGGACUGGGAGUCAUUGGUUGGCGACUGGACUUCGAUUGGAAGUUGGUGCGCAAUCCAGAGGGAGACUCCGGGAUGGGUUACGGAGGCAGAGAAGAGCACCGCACUACUAGACAUACUUAGGUAGCGAGAAUUGGGC